AUGGCGUCGGUGGUGAACUACGCCCCCCCCUGGUGGGUCAACCUGCUGCACCGCCUGCCCCACUUCAACCUGGACUUCCAGCUCGUCAGCAGCGACUUCAGACCUGACGACCAGGAGUACCAGAAGUCGGUGCUCCUCCUGGGGGCCACGGCUCUCCUGUGCCUGGCUCUGGACCUGCUCUUCCUGCUCUUCUACUCCUUCUGGCUGUGCUGUCGGCGGAGGAAGAACCAGGACUCCCACUCCCACGGCGGCUCCCAGCCCAGCGCCGACUGCUGCUGCACGGCCUGGUGCGUCAUCAUCGCCACCCUCGUCUGCAGCUGA